CUGCUUUCAUUCUCUACAGUCAGGAUGCAUUAUGCUCUUGCAAUUGGCGCAGCUCUUGCAGCUGUCGCCGCAGCUUCAGAUGUCGAGGCUCUCACAAAAGACACCUUUGCCGAUUAUAUCAAGUCCAACGACUUGGUUCUGGCUGAAUGUAAGUAUCUACAGCUUCCCAAGCCCACCAUCAAAUUGAAUUGAAUCUGCGCUAACUUUAUUAUCAUCUAGUCUACGCAGUAUGUUUUUUCCUGUUGUAAUUGAACUCGCAGAUGAAUAGAAUGCUAACAUCCGAUUUUCUGCUAUAGCCAUGGUGGUAAGUUUGCCCCUCAAUGACACCUGUCCUCUAUCAAUUUUCUGACACUCACUAGUGGACACUGCAAAGCGCUCGCCCCAGAAUACGAAGAAGCUGCCACUACCUUGAAGGAGAAGAACAUCAAGCUGGCAAAGGUGGACUGCACAGAGGAGGCCGACCUCUGCCAGACCUAUGGAGUUGAGGGUUACCCAACACUUAAGGUGUUCCGUGGGCCUGAUGCUAUUUCCGCAUAUGGGGGCCAACGAAAGGCACCAGCGUAAGUUGAAUACUCACACAUGAUUUCCUUACCAAUGGCCAACCGCUAAUAUCAAUUCAGGAUUGUCUCAUAUAUGACCAAACAAUCGCUCCCUGCCGUUUCUACAAUCUCUAAGGACAACCUUGAGGAAUUCAAGACCCAAGACAAGGUUGUUUUGGUUGCGUACUUCGAGGCCGAUGACAAGACUUCCAACACUACAUACACCACUGUUGCUGAGAAGUUGCGUGAUACCUACCUUUUCGGUGCCAGCAACGAUGCUGCCUUGGCCAAGGCUGAGGGUGUCACUGCCCCAGCUCUCGUCCUUUACAAGUCUUUCGAUGAGGGUAAGAGCAUUCUCGCGGAGAAAUUCGAGGGCGAGACCAUCGAGAAGUUUGUCAAGACUGCCUCGAUGCCAUUGGUUGGUGAGGUUGGACCAGAGACAUAUUCCGAAUACAUGGCCACUGGUAUCCCAUUGGCAUACAUCUUCGCCGAAACCGAAGAAGAGCGAACUAGCUUUGCUACUGAGCUCAAGUCUGUCGCUGAGAAGCACCGUGGAGCUAUCAGCUUUGCCACUAUUGACGCCAAGUCAUUUGGUGCUCACGCUGGUAACUUGAACUUGAAGGCCGACCAAUGGCCAGCUUUCGCCAUCCAAGAUACCGUCAACAACAAGAAGUUCCCCUUUGACCAGGAGACCAAGAUCACCGCCAAGUCCAUCGGAAAGUUCGUUGAUGACUUUGUUGCUGGCAAGGUUGAGCCAAGCAUCAAGUCUGAGCCUAUCCCAGAGACGCAAGAUGGCCCAGUUGCAAUCAUCGUCGCCCACAACUACGAGACUAUUGUCAUGGAUGACGCCAAGGAUGUUUUGGUUGAAUUCUACGCUCCAUGGUGCGGACACUGCAAGGCUCUUGCACCAAAAUACGAUAUCCUCGGUAACUUGUACAAGGACGCUGGUCUUGACUCCAAGGUCACCAUCGCCAAGGUUGAUGCCACUGCCAACGAUGUUCCAGAGGAGAUUCAAGGCUUCCCAACCAUCAUGCUGUUCAAAUCUGGCGACAAGAAGAAGCCAGUUACCUACAGCGGAAGCCGUAGCAUCGAGGACCUCAUCAAGUUCGUCAAGGAGAACGGUACUCACGGCGUUGAGGUUACCUACGUUGAGGAGCCCGAGAAGCCAGUUGUUGAGUCAAUGGCUGAGCAAGCUGGGGCUGCUACUGAGAAGGUCAAGAGCGCCGCUGAGAAGGCCACUGAUGCCGCGAAGGAUAAGGUUGCCGAGGCUACUAAGGAGACCAAGCCUGAAAAGGAAACCAAGGAUGAGCUAUGAGUGUGUUCUUUUGGGUUUGGGGGCAAAAUUAUCGAUUCGAUUUUCCUAUCUGUACUCUAUCUAUCUCGUGC